CGCGCACGGCGCCUGACAGCGGCUGCCGCUUGGCGGCCGGCGGUGCUGUGCCGCGCUCAUCCCGCUGCUCGCGGCCGGGCCGGCGGCGCGGCUCCGCCGGCAGGCCGGGCUGGCGGGGAAGCGCCGCGCCGCGCUUCGCUCCGCCCCGCCGGCUGCGGGGAUGUGCCAUUGCCAUGGCGAGGCGGCUCUUCCCGGGGGCCUGGCUCCGGCAGCCCCACUACGCGCAGUGAAUGCGUGUUGGUAAUUGAAGCAUCCGCAGAAUGGCAGCAAGCUAUCAAUAUAUUGACUUGUGACUGCAUGCUACUGUUGGUACGUUUCUCAUACAUGCGGAUGAAAUAUCUCUUCAUCUCUUGGUUAGUAGUAUUUAUUGGCAGCUGGGUUAUGUAUGUCCAGUACUCUACCUACACAGAACUAUGCAGAGGACAUGACUGUAGGAAAAUAAUAUGUGACAAAUACAAGACUGGAGUUAUUGAUGGGUCAGCAUGUAGCAGUCUUUGUGCGAAAGAAACACUGUAUUUUGGAAAAUGUUUGUCAACAAAGCCCAAUAAGCAGAUGUAUUUAGGAAUCUGGGGAAAUCUGCAAGGAGUUAUAAAAUGCCAGAUGGAAGAAGCUGCUCAAUUUGAUUUUGGUACUGAUCCAGAACCAAGGAAGGAAAUAGUUCUAUUUGAUAAACCAACAAGAGGAACCACUGUUGAGAAAUUCAAAGAAAUGGUGUAUGGUCUUUUUAAAGCAAAGCUGGGUGAACAAGGAAAUCUUUCAGAACUGGUUAAUCUCAUCUUAUCUUUUGCUGAUGGCAACAAAGAUGGUAGAGUUUCUUUGCCAGAAGCCAAGUCUGCAUGGGCACUUCUGCAGCUAGAUGAGUUCCUGUUAAUGGUGAUCUUACAGGACAAAGAACAUACUCCCAAGCUGAUGGGUUUUUGUGGGGAUCUUUAUGUGAUCGAAAGAGUUGAAUAUACCUCUCUCUAUGGAAUCAGUCUUCCAUGGAUUAUAGAACUUUUCAUUCCUUCUGGCUUCAGAAGAAGCAUGGACCAGUGGUUUACUCCAUCGUGGCCAAGAAAGGCAAAAAUAGCUAUAGGGCUUUUAGAAUUUGUGGAAGAUGUUUUCCAUGGACCUUACGGAAACUUUCUUAUGUGUGAUACAAGUGCCAAAAACUUGGGAUACAAUGAUAAAUAUGAUUUGAAAAUGAUGGACAUGAGGAAAAUUGUGCCAGAGAUGAAUUUGAAGGAAAUGAUUAAAGAUCGUCCUUGUGAAUCAGAUGUGGACUGUGUCUAUGGUACAGACUGUAGAACUGUAUGUGACCAAAGUAAAAUGAGAUGUACCACAGAAGUUAUUCAGCCAAACUUGGCAAAAGUGUGUCAGCUACUUAAAGACUAUCUGCUUCGUGGUGCUCCUUCGGAUAUCCAUGAAGAACUAGAAAAACAACUGUAUUUGUGUAUUGCCCUUAAAGUCACAGCAAAUCAGAUGGAAAUGGAGCAUUCUUUGAUACUCAAUAACCUAAAAAUGUUACUGUGGAAGAAAAUUUCCCAUACAAACGAUUCUUAGCUUCUCCACCAGCAGAAAUACUGAUGCCUGCCAUGAGAGGUGGCCUACCAUGUUUGAUAAAAAUGAUGUGCAGCAUUUUUUUUAAAGACCCUUCUUUACCCAGAUUUCAGGAAUGGCUCUCUUACUCUUGCCCUUUAGUUGGUACUUUAUGACAGGGCUUCUCAAAGGAUGAACAUACAACUGAGCAAUCGGGCAGAGGCCAAAAGCACUUCUGGAGUUCCAGGGUGCUGUUACGGAAACAAAAACAACCCUGCAUGCUUGAUUGUUCUGUGCACUUUGUCAGAUCUUGAACAGAAUGAAAGUACUCACUGUGCCACCACAUCAACUAACGCAACAUCACACAAAUCUGUGAAAAUCGUUUUUCACUUGUGAAAAUACCUGCAAAAGAUUUUUAUCCUGAGUAGGUUUGAGGAACCACCACUACUGCAAAUAAUGUGACUGAGUCCAAGCUACUGUUGUGUAUAAACUGAGCUGCGACUGAAGUUUACUAAUACCUUGGCAUAGCGGAAUUUGCACAUUAAUAGAUAAUUUUUAAACUAUGGAAAGUUUUAUUCUGGAACUGAUAGGUUGUAAUAUGAGAUCUAAAUUAGUUUUUGUUUAUACGUUGUUACCUCAUACUUGCAUCUUGAAUGUUUUAGUUCAACACUUUAAUUAAAGUCCAACCAUGUUGGGAGCCAAGAUUUUUAGGAUAUUAUUACUUAAAAGGAUGUACAUACUUUAGCAGCAAUAUAAACAUCGGUUUUUGAAAGUGUAAUUAUUUUACUUCUAUUAAACUGAAGUUAAGCUGUGGCAAACUUUGAAAAGUAAGUCUGUGGACUAUGCUAUUUUAUAAGAUAAUUAAUUUUAAUAAGUACUGAUAGCAAAAAUGUACUAGCAGCUGAAAAAAAAGGAAACCUGCAUAGUAAGAAGCUGCUUUGUGACAAAUGAAACAAGUAACAGUUGUGUAUGAAGUCUUGAAUCUUUACUGCCCACAGAAAAUUAGCUAUAGACUUGUGCUUAAAACCUCCCCAACUACUGCAGAAAGUACGCAAAGAAGGCAAAGCUGGGUCAUAACUGCAGGACAGAAGUUGAAUUGAUCAUAGAUUUUUUUUUAAGUAAAGCUGUUUCUUAGAUUUUCAUCUGUCCUCACAAUUGUACAGAAUGGGAUGUGCAUAAAACACCUUAAUACUGUGCUCAGUGCUUAUCUGUUAAUGUUUAAUUUAUAAAUGUUUUAGGUAUGAAGCAGUCAAAAGCCUUAGUGAUUUUUAGUGGCAGUCAUCCCUGUUCCUCAAGAUAGCUGGCCCCUUAAUUCAGUUUCAGUGUAGGUAAGGAUGAGCUUUAUUUCAUUAUUUAAAAAGUUGUUUAUUUGUGUAAAGGUCCAGUAUUAAAUGCCUUUCUUGAAUAAGUAAGCCUAAUCUAGGACUAAAAUCAGGUCACUUCUCCAUACUGUAUGUAAUAUUAUGCAGCUUGGGCUAAGAAUUGUGCUCUUUGUAAACACCAGCUUUUUUAGUUUAAGAAUGACUAUGCUCUAACUAUUGUCUCUUGAUGUGAUAAUAUCCUUCAUCCUGGAGCUAAAUUAAGUAUUUGUAACUGGCACUGCACUCAAAUGUAAAGCAGUCACAUUUUUGGUGGAAAAACAAUCUGACUAAUUGCUACUAGGUUUGAGGGAAAGAAAGUCUUGGAAUCCAAAGUACAGCUUUUUGGAAAAACUGGAAAAUAGUUAAUAGUGCCAUUUGUUGUAUAGAGCCUUCAUUUUUAUUGCUGUUGCACCAAGUUCAAGCUUUCAUUGGAAAAAUACACUUUGAAAAUAAAUAACAGGCCUCCUUUUCUCUUUCAAUAGCUGUUACUGUCUUUAAGCAAAACUCAGCCAUGUAGUCUACAUGACUCUUGUUGUAAGCGUGCAAGCAACUUCAGUAAGUCUAAUGAGAAGCAAGUAAGUAUCUAUGAACCUGAGAUGAAGGAUAAAAUAAGGCAAGUCACAGCCUCUGUAAUUAAGUAUGUGUAUGCAACUUAGAGAGUAAGUUCCCUUGUCUGAUCAGUGAAGUAUGUAAAAGGUUUAACCUUAAGACAAUACCUACUCCAGCAGCAGUAAGAAUGUGGAAGUACUUAUUUCGCUUACUGAAGGAAGCUUAAAUACCUCAAGAUAUAUUACUGUCAGCUUCACUAAGUCACAGUAGGAUAUGUGUUGCUGUACAUAUUCCUGAAAGCUUAAGGCUACCUAACAUUUUUUUCUUAAGAUACAUACUGAUCUCCCAUAGCAUUACAUAAUCUGAAAGAAAAGCUCUAAAGCAAUAAUUUUUUUUAAUAAUUCAGUCUUUUCGAAGUUAGAACAAGUUUUUAUGUAGUUUUUUUCUUAUGUUAGAUUAAUUUUUAAUCAAUAUUAUUUUCCUUUGUUAUGGGAAUA